GACACGUUUGUAAACACCUCGCCGCCGCCGCCGGGCCGAACGUCACGUCAGUUGUCAAGACUCCGCGAUGAGGGCUGGGGAGGAUGGCAUUUUCCUGCUCCUUCUCUGCUUUACUUUAUUGUUUGAGUUAAAUUCGGCGUCACUUUAUAAUUCAACGGACGAAGUAGUGAUACUAGACCACGGGAACUUUUCCUCUACGGUUCACGGCACGGACAAUGCGUGGGUAGUGGAGUUCUACAACACCUGGUGCGGCCACUGCGUCCAGUUUGCCCCCAUCUGGAAGCGGUUUGGCAAGGACGUUAAAGACUGGGAGCACACUGUGAAGGUUGGGGUGCUGGACUGUGCAGAGGAUGAAAAUGUACCAAUUUGCCGAGAACACGAUAUCAUGGCAUACCCCACUAUAAGACUUUUUGCCGCAUACGCUAGUAAGGGAGAUACUGGCUCUGACAUGCCCCACCUGACAUCAGUGAGGGAACUGGAGGAGGCCACCAUUAACUUCCUAGUGGAGAAACAGAAAGCAAACAAUGGCUCCAAGUCCUGGGUAAAUUUGCAACCAUACAAGGGUGCUGCAGGAGCCUUGUUUGAACAAGGACCCAAAGGAGCUGAGUGGGCAGUAAUGGUGGUGGACAAAGUCAGUUCCCAUGCUGCAAGGGCAGUACUUCUGGACCUUGCUGGCUAUCCAUCAAUUGUGGUUCGGUACAAAGAGGCAGAGGCAGAGGAUGUGAGACGUUUUGGCAGUGCUGGACUCCCUGCUGUCAUAAUAACCAGCAGAGAUCGGAAGGAGGAUGUUCUGAGCAAUAUUGGCCAGUCAAGGGAUGAGGUGAGGGAAGCCAUCAUAAAGAAGCUGGGACUGAAUCCAAGAAUGCUUGCAUCAGGAAAGAAGAACAGCUCUGUAAAAGAAGAAAGAGAAGGUGCAGGUGAUGGACAACCUGAAGAAAUUAAUAAAGAUAAAUUGAAUUACGGAGAUGACCUCCCAGAUGCAGCAUUUACAGGCAUGGAGAGAAGUGAUCAGGUGUUCAUGGUGGACAUUGAAAAUGCUAUUUCUUAUGCACUCAAUCAUGAAGUAGCUCAGCAUAAAGCAAUCAGAGGAGAUGCUUUGUUAGCUCUGCAAGAAUUGUUAGACAUUUUGGUGAGAUAUCUUCCUGCCAGACCACAAGUUCACUCUUUUCUUUCUAAGUUUCAAGCGUACAUACUUAACCAUGGUGACAGUAUUGAAGGAAGUAAAGUGAGUGAAAUCAUCAGCUCAUUACAAAGCACAGAAUCUGUACUGCCAAGCCAGCAGCCCUGGAUAGGGUGUGCUGGCAGUGAAUCUAAGUAUAGAGGAUAUCCAUGUGGUCUUUGGACAACUUUUCAUGUGCUCACAGUAAAUGCAGUGCUCCAAGAUGGAUCAAAAAAAUUUUACAACCCAUUGAAAACAAUUAAAGCCAUUCAUGGUUAUGUCAAACAUUUCUUUGGCUGCAGUUACUGCUCUCAACACUUUCAAGCCAUGUAUGCUGAGGAUGCAGAGUCAUCCAUCAGAGCAGCAGAUGACUCAAUUAUGUGGCUUUGGCAAGGCCACAACAAAGUGAAUAAACGGCUUAAGGGGGAUGCUAGUGAGGACCCCCAUCAUCCAAAGCAACAGUUUCCACCUCCUGUGUAUUGUCCAUCCUGCUGGCAGGGGGAAAAAUUUAUUGAGGAGGAGGUGUUGAAAUACCUCAAAACCAUCUAUGCAAAGGGAUCACUCUCCUUUAGGGGAACUGAGAUAAAAUCAGCUCCUCCAAGGAAUAAACAAGAAAAGGUUCAACAGCAGCUUGAUAGUUACAGAAAAGAAAAGAAACAUUCAGAGGUUUUGACAUCUGAUCAGGAUAAGAAGUCAGACAAAGACCACAGUCCUCAGAACAUUGGCAUUUGGGGCUUCACCAACACUGACAUCAGCCUGUGUGUGUUCCUGUAUGGUGCCUCCACCAUCAUCAUCAUGGCUGUCUACUGCUCUGUUGUCAUCAGGAGGAAAAUGAGACGGAAGAGGUUCCUGGAGGCUUACAAACUUCCAUUUGUACUAUGCAGUCCCUUGCUGUUAUACAGGUAUGGUUAUGACUCUAGAAUGCAUAUGAAGGUCAGAGAUCUGAAAUGAUUAUCAAAAGACUAUUAACAUGAGCUAUGUGAUUGUGCAACUUGCAGUGAAAUGAAAUUAUGCAACAUUGUUGGGAACUGCUGCUGUAAAUCACAUGUGUAGUCAUACUAUUUCUAUAAGAACAUUUCAAAUGACACCGAUUUCCAUCAAGACUUUUAUAACUGAAAUGGUAUCACUCAUGUGAUUAUAGCAGAAUUGUAAUGCUAGUGAUAAGAUGUAUGAUUACUCUGCAUGUGGACAUGUAGCUACUUGUUAUUAUCAUUAUAAAUGUUCAAGUUUUCUUAAAAUGACGUGUGUGUGUGUGUUUUUUUUUUUUUUUUUUUUUUUUUGUGUGUGUGUGUGUGUGUGUGUGUGUGUGUGUGUGUGUGUGUGUAUUUACCUAUUUGUAGUCUACCGGGCCCGAGCUAAGCUCUAACAGUCCCAUCUCCAUAUCUACAUUCAUCCAUCCUUUCCUUCAUUUGUUGGACACUGCUCGCCUCCACCACCACUUCCCACAAGCUGUUCCAUGUGUUAACACUUCUAUGUGGAAAACUAUACUUUUUCAAGUCACUCAAGCAGGUUCCUUAAUUAAGUUUCUCUCCAUGUUCUCUCAGCCCUUGUGCUCUCGCAGUUGAGAAGAGAUCAUCUCUAUUCACCUCAUCAAACUUAUUUACCAACUUAUACAACGUGAUCAGAUCUCCUCUCUCCCUUCUUUGUUCCAGUGUUGUCAAUUUCAUCUCCUUCAAUCUGUCUUCAUACAUUAUAUUUGAGAGUUCUGGGAACAUUUUAGUUGCAAUUCUCUGCAUCCUUUCCAACUUUCUGAUGUUCUUUUGUGAGGUGACUGUACAACUGCAGCAUAUUCAAGUUUUGGUCUUAUCAAUGUUGUUAUUAUUUUCUUCAACAUUUCUUUGUCCAUAAAAUGGAAUGAUACCCUUAUAUUUUGCAUCAUCCUGUAGGUUUCUCCAAACAGCUUGUUUAUGUGCUUUUCUGGGCAUAGUGUGUCUUGCAUCGUUACUCCCUAAUCUUAUUCUUCAUUAACCACCUUUAAGUUUUCUUCUCCCAUCCUGUAUGUUUUCCUUGGUCUUUUUAUUACUUUUCCCCAUCUCCAUAACAUGGCAUUUGUUUGCAUUAAAUUCCAUCUCCCAUAACUGGCUCCAUCUAUACACUCUAUCCAGGUCUUUUUUUCAGUUUUUCACAGUCUUUCUCUGUCCUCACUUUUCUUAUUAACUUUGCAUCGUCUGCAAAAACGUCUGCAUGUGUGUGUUUGUUUGUGUGUGUGUGUGUGUGUGUGUGUGUGUGUGUGUGUGUGUGUGUGUGUGUGUGUAAUUCACCACGGCCUGAUCACGUGUUGGACUUGUAAUCGCCAGCAGGUACCCUCCCGACAUGAGCAAGUGCUCUUUAUCGUCGAUCUAUGGGUACUGCCAGGACCUCACACACAACACACUCCAUCUCCCUUGCUCCAGGGGGGACAGUAACCACUCCUAGUCAACGGAAAGAAUCCGGCCUUAGGGGGCUCAAACUGCCGCCCUGUCGGCAGUGCAGCGCUCUAACCAGUUGCGCCAUGGAGUGGUGUGUGUGUGUGUGUGUGUGUGUGUGUGUGUGUGUGUGUGUGUGUGUGUGUGUGUGUGUGUGUAUUUACCUAUUUGUUGUCUACCGGGCCCGAGCUAAGCUCUAAUAGUCCUGUCUCCAUUUCUACAUUCAUCCAGCCUUUCCUUCAUUUGUUGGACACUGCUCGCCUCCACCACCUCUUCCCAAAAGCUGUUCCAUGUGUUAACAGUUCUAUGUGGAAAACUAUACUUUUUCAAGUCACUCAAACAGGUUCCUUUCUUAACCCUUUCACUCCGGGGGACAUAUAUUCACAUCCUGGUCGCCAACUUUGGCCAACCGCUCCCAUCCGGUGGACGUGUCUAUACGUCCUACUUGCUACGCGCCACAUACGGGAGAUGUGUAUAUAAGUCCUGUUUAAUCUUAGUUUGCCAUAGCAUGGAUACGUUUUGUAGGACGUGGAUGGUUUUAGAGAAAACAAUAUGGGUAACAAAAUUAUACGGUAACGAAGAAGAAAUUCUACUGUGAGAACUUAUGCAGUCUUUCUCAGACAUAUCUUUAUCUCACACACACACACACACACACACACACACACACACACACACACACACACACACACACUCAAAGGGAGGAGGGGGGUUGAUAAGUUAGGCCUAUGUAUAUCUUAUGCGCAUGGAGUUCCUCUUCCUUUGAGUUGAGUAGCCAUUACUCACCACCCCUUCGCCUCAAGGACGCGGCCUCCCCUCCCUGCCUCUCAUACUGUCUCUAUUCUCUUUCUUUCUUCCUUCCUUCCUCCCUUCAGUGUGUGUGUGUGUGAGAGAGAGAGAGAGAGAGAGAAACAACAAGUUAGAACCCAAAACCGCAACGUCACCAAAGCGCUUAUCUCCCUCUCGCUUGUAUUUUGAUCCUUUGCAUCUAAUCUGUGUGUGUGUGUGUGUGUGUGUGUCUGUGUGUGUGUGA